CCCUUGCUUAUCCAAAUUAAAUCACAAGACUAUCUCUCUCCGUUGAUCCAUUCCAGAUUUUCAAAGUUCCAACUUUCCAUCUAAAAAGUUCAAUCGUCAGUUCACACACAACGUGGGAUUUUCAGAUACAUUCCAAGCAAAUUUCACUUAAUUUUAACGAGGUCAGCAAGUCGGAUCUUCAUAAUUAUUCAAGGUGAUGGUUAAUCCAGGGGAACCUGUAAAACAAAGCUGGCAACGGAAGCUUGAUCAUGAAGAAAAAGUUCCUUCAGAGUUUGGUUUGAGCGUCCGAGAAUGCGUUCAAAUGGCCCCAAUAGGUUAUCGGCUGUGGCGUCAUGUCCGUGAAGAAGCUGGCAGAGGAAGGGGUGCUAUAAUUGAUCCUUUCUUCAAGCGUAGUGUCACAUCUGACCAUGGAGUUCCCCUUGGAGGAAUUGGAGCGGGAAGCAUAGGAAGAAGUUACAAAGGCGAGUUUCAGCGCUGGCAACUUUUUCCUAGAACAUGUGAUGAUAAACCUGUUUUGGCAAACCAAUUUUCUGUUUUUAUCUCACGUCCAAAUGGUGAAAAAUACUCUUCCGUGCUAUCUCCACAACAUCCGCAGAUGCUCAAAAACAGGGAAGCCGCUGCAGAAGGUAUUGAAACUUGGGAUUGGAAUUUGAAAGGAAAAAAUUCUACAUAUUAUGCUCUAUACCCAAGAUCUUGGACUGUAUAUGAUGGUGAACCCGAUCCAGCACUUAGUAUAGUCUGUCGUCAGCUUUCACCUAUAAUUCCUCACAAUUAUAGGGAGAGUAGUUUCCCUGUAGCAGUAUUUACUUUCACGCUGUCAAACUUUGGGAGUAUUUCUGCAGAAGUGACCCUUCUUUUCACAUGGGCGAAUUCUGUGGGUGGAAAAUCUGGAUCUACUGGAAGUCACUACAACUCAAAGAUCACGACGGAGGAUUGCACGCGUGGUGUAGUUUUACAUCAUAAAACAGCAGAUGGACGUCCCCCUGUUUCCUUUGCCAUUGCAGCAGAGAACAAAGAUGGGGUUCACAUCUCAGAAUGUCCAUGCUUUGUUAUAUCUGGAGAUACAGAAGGCAUCACUGCAAAGGACAUGUGGCAAGAGAUGAAAGAGCAUGGAACCUUUGAUAAUCUCAACUGUCCAGAGACAUCAGCUCCAUCAAAGCCUUCAUCCUGUAUUGGAGCUGCAGUUGCGGCUUCAGUUAUGGUGCCAUCAGGUUCUACACGUACUGUCACCUUUUCAUUAUCAUGGGAUUGCCCUAAGGUGACAUUCUCAAAAGGAAGAACUUACCACAGGCGCUAUACAAAGUUUUAUGGUACUGCUGGUAACGUAGCAGCAGAUAUUGCACAUGAUGCUAUAAUCGACCACCAGGAUUGGGAGUCUCAAAUUGAAGCGUGGCAAAGGCCUAUACUAGAAGACAAGCGACUUCCAGAAUGGUAUCCAGUUACUCUAUUCAAUGAGCUCUAUUAUCUUAAUGCUGGUGGAACUGUGUGGACAGAUGGUUCUUCUUCAUUACAGAGUACUGUGACAGUUGGAAAGCCGGGAUUUUCUCUUAACCAAUCAAAUUCUGACUUAGUAAAUGCUACCAGUAUCUCUACACAAAAUGAUAUUGCUGUGGAGAUCCUUGAAUUAUUGACUUCAAUACUUGAGCAAGUGCACACAACAGUAAAAUCUAAUUCUGCCUUUGGUCCAAAAUUACUUCUAGAAGGGGAAGAAAACAUUGGUCAAUUUCUUUACUAUGAAGGCAUUGAGUAUCAUAUGUGGAACACAUAUGAUGUUCAUUUUUAUGCAUCUUUUGCAUUGGUAAUGCUAUUCCCAAAGCUCGAACUUAGCAUCCAGAGAGACUUUGCUGCAGCAGUUCUAAUUCAUGAUUGUAGAAAAAUGAAACUUUUGCAUGAUGGAAAAUGGGCAUCAAGAAAAGUUGUUGGUGCUGUCCCACAUGAUAUUGGGCUUAAUGAUCCAUGGUUUGAAGUGAAUGCCUACAAUCUCCAUAACACAGAUCAGUGGAAAGAUUUGAAUCCAAAAUUUGUUCUCCAGGUAUACAGGGAUGUCUUAGUCACAGGUGACAAGAAAUUCGCACAAGCUGUUUGGCCUUCUGUUUAUGUAGCAAUGGCCUAUAUGGAUCAGUUUGACAAGGAUGGGGAUGGCAUGAUUGAGAAUGAUGGCUUUCCUGAUCAAACUUAUGACACAUGGUCGGUCUAUGGCGUGAGUGCAUAUUGUGGGGGGCUGUGGGUUGCAGCACUUGAAGCUGCUUCACUCCUAGCCCAAGAAGUUGGUGAUAAGGGUUCACAGGAUUAUUUUUGGUUCAAAUUUCAGAAGGCGAAAGCUGUUUAUCAGAAAAAAUUGUGGAAUGGGUCAUAUUAUAAUUAUGACAGCAGUGGGGGUAGUAAUAGUACAUCUAUUCAAGCCGACCAAUUGGCUGGACAAUGGUAUGCUCGAGCAUGUGGUCUAGCUCCUAUUGUUGAUGAAGAGAAGGCAAAAUGUGCCCUUGCCAAUAUUUUUGAGUUCAAUGUGAUGAAGGUGAAGGAGGGUCGACGAGGGGCUGUCAACGGAAUGCUUCCUGAUGGAAAUGUUGACAUGUCAUCAAUGCAGUCAAGAGAAAUAUGGUCAGGUGUUACUUAUGCCCUUGCUGCCACCAUGAUUCAAGAAGGAUUACUGGACAUGGGUCUUCAGACUGCAUAUGGAGUCUUUGCCGCUGUGUGGUCACAAAAAGGACUUGGGUACUCAUUUCAAACUCCAGAAGCGUGGAAUACCAAUGAUCAGUACAGGUCAUUAUGCUAUAUGCGCCCAUUGGCUAUAUGGGCAAUUCAAUGGGCUCUCUCUCGUCCAAAACCCUCCGAGCUGGAGGUAAGACCAGAAGUGAAUGAAGAUUCUGUGGCUAGGUAUCACUUGGGAUUCUCGAAAGUUGCUCGUCUUUUGAAGCUACCGAAGGAGGAAGCUGCCACAGGUCUUGUGCAAGUUCUUUAUGAUAAAACUUGCAGGAGGAUGUGGAAUUGAUUACUUAUUAUUUUCAAGGAUUUAGAAUCCUUGACUUAUUAAUUAUUAUUCCAUUGGAGCAUUGCCAGAAGGGGAAGGGUGGUGAUCAGCUGUUUUUGAUAAGUUGAUUUCCACUUCCAUUUGCUUGUAUCAUUUCCUUUUAUACAUUUAUCCGAAGUAUAUAAUAUUCUGCUACUUGUGAUUCUUGUAUGACAUUUCUCGUAUAACCCCUUUGUAAAAUUAUUUUAAUCGAAGUUCUUAUUCAUUGAACAUAUUGAUUUGGUUCAA